ACAAGAAAGGGAUUUGAUGCUUUUAGUGUCGGUUAGUUUUUUUUUUCCAUGAAGAAACCCUCAAGAAACCUCCCCCUUCCUCUUUCAUAAAUUCUUCAGAAACACUCUCUAAAUUGCUUCCCUCCGAUCAUUUCAUUCCAAUAUGGGAAAUUGCGUUUUCAAAGGCUUCAACUAUGGCGACGACAUGAUGGUCAAGGUCGUCACCUCCAACGGAGGCAUCAUGGAGCUCUACGCUCCCAUCACCGUCGAGUGCAUCACCAACGAGUUUCCAGGCCACGGUAUCUUCCGUCGCAGCCGCCCCGGUUUCUUCUCCGAGCCCAUGCUCCAUUCCGACGAGCUCCUCCCCGGCGAGCUCUACUACCUUCUUCCUCUCGAAACUUGUGGCUUGUCUUCCUCCGGCAAGAGCAUGGCCAGAAAACAAGCCGAUGAGUCAGCCGCCAACUUGACGCCGUACCGGAUGUUCACCUACGACAAGAACAGCCAUGGCGGAGGCAAGAUGGGGUCGUCGGAAGCGGAAGUGGUUCCGAGGUAUAAUGGCUCCGGAGUGUGGAAGGUGAAGCUGGUUAUAAGCCCCGAACAGCUGUCGGAUAUUUUGUCGCAGGAAUCGCGCACGGAGGCACUGAUCGAGAGCGUGAGAACCGUGGCUAAGUGCGGCAACGGGUUGCCGUCGGCAGUUAAUUCCGAUAAGUGGAGUGUCUCUGGCAGUUGGAAGGGUUCUCUGUCAGAAAAGAUGGCUUUCGACAGUUAGUUAAUUAUUGUUAAUUGUGAUUUUGUAUUGUCAAUCAAUAACCCACUCUAGCUAAUUAUGUCCUCAAUUCAUUUGUUCAUUACCAAGUCAUUAUAUACCUGUUAA